GACGUCACUAGGAAGGCUGAAAGUAAAAGUAAUCAGCGCUGUGAGACUCCCAGCUUGUGCUGUUUCACCCAAGGAGGACUCAGGGAAUGUGAUCAGCAGCUCAAUAUCUUGGAACUGGUGGUGCAGAGAUGGCUGACGGGAUAGAACCAGUCCUAACUGAAGCAACUCAGGCUGGGAGGUGUGUCAAGCAGAAGUACCGCAGUAGCACACACUCGCAAGGGCUAAUAGAUGGACUUUUGUCAUUACGUGAAGAAGAGAUACUGUUUGACGUGGUGCUGCUGGUAGAGGGGAAGCCUAUUAAAGCUCACCGCAUCCUCCUGGCUGCUUCCUGUGACUAUUUCAGAGGCAUGUUUGCUGGGGGUUUGCGGGAGAUGCAGCAGACUGAAAUCCCUAUUCAUGGAGUUACACACACUGCCAUGGCCAAACUGUUAGACUUCAUCUACACGUCUGAGCUUGUGCUGGAUCUGGACACGGUGCAGGAGGUGCUGUGUGCUGCGACCCUCCUGCAGAUCCAGGAUGUGAUUGGCUUCUGCUGUGAGUUCCUCUUCUCUUGGAUGGACGACGAUAACAUCCUGGAAGUGGAGAAGCUGGCCGAUGCCUAUGGGCUGAAGCAGCUUGACGAGAAGGUGCACUCGUACCUCCUGAAGAAUAUCCAGACCUUCUCACGCACUGCGAUAUAUCGCCAACUGCCAGCUGAGAAGGUUCUGCGUGUUCUGUCGAGCGAUGAUCUAGAGGUGAGCUCAGAGAACGAGGUUUUCGAGGCAGCACUGCACUAUUACUACAGUCCUGAGCAGGUGGAGAAGGACCAAGUGUGCCUAAAGGAGCCCAUGUGCAUGAUGGAUGCUGUGCGCUUCUGUCUCAUGGAGCAAGCCGCCUUGAAGCACCUGUAUAGCCGCAUGGAGGCGAGCCCGCUGCGUAAAAUCAUCUCCUUUGCCCUGCACUACCACAGCAACAGUCUUUGGCAGCCAGUCAUGCAGAGUCCCCUGAGCCAACCUCGCUCCAACUGCCACUGCAUCCUGGGGUUCGGGGGCAUAUUUUCAUCUGGCGUGCUCGCCGACAACGACAAAUGUUUCCAGAUCUUCCACCCGUCCUGGGGGGAAUGGCGCAACCUCGGGGCUGACGGCGCACCCCGUAUGUCCAACAUGGGCAUUGCGCUGCUGAAUAACUUUGUCUACCUGAUAGGUGGAGACAACAACACAAGCGGGUUUAGAGCUGAGUCACGGUGUUGGAGAUACGAUCCUCGACACAACUCUUGGUGUGAUAUCAAGCCUCUUCAGCAGCAGCAUGCAGAUCACUGUGUGUGUGUAGUGGAGAGCUGCAUCUACGCUAUUGGAGGGCGUGACUACAGCACCGAGCUGAACUGUGUGGAGCGCUAUGAUCCCCAGACAAACACCUGGGAGUAUGUGGCUCCAAUCAAACGUGAGGUGUACGCCCAUGCUGGGGCAGUGGUCGAUGGGAAGAUCUACAUUGCAUGUGGCCGUCGAGGAAUGGCCUACCUGAAGGAGACCUACUGCUUUGACCCACAAGCCAACCAGUGGACUGCGUGUGCUGAGGGCCCUGUGGAGCGAGCCUGGCACGGGAUGGCAGUGUACGGAGGGCGUGCUUAUGUAAUCGGUGGAAGCAACGACAGCUGCGGUCACAGACGGGAUGUUCUGAAGGUGGCGUGCUAUAACCCAGCUGAAGAUUCCUGGUCUGUGGUGUGUCCUUUACUGUCGGGGCAUGGCGAGCCUGGCAUGGCCGUGUUAGAUGGGCGGAUUUACGUGCUGGGUGGGAGAUCACACGACAAAGGCAGCCGCAUGAAGUAUGUGCAUAUCUAUGAUCCUGAGGGUGACUGCUGGGAGAGCGGCGCCCCUCUGGAUAUCCGAGUGUCGGGUUUGUCUGCCUGCGUCGCACUUAUUCCUAAAAACACACUUCCACAAGCUUGUAACCCUACGCAUGGAGCCGAAGCACAAUGGCACGAAGUGGAAUGGGACGAGUCGGAGCACUCAAGCGAGGACGGCUGAGGCAGGUUUUUGAAAUAAUAAUCCCAGUAACUGUGUGUGUUGAUGGGAUGGAGUCAACACAAGCCGUGCUAGUCUGUACUAUACAGGUGGGUAUCGUGGCACAGAUAUCAUAUCAAAAUACUUCCAGGCACAACCAGAUUUCACAGUAUUUCAAUUUACUGGCCUAAAAAAGUCCUUUACAAACUUAAUCCCGAAAUUUCAAAUUUACAACAAAUUAUAUAACGCGAAUAAAAUCAAAUAAUAAAUACAAUCAGAUAUUUGCUUCCAAAAACGAGAAAGAAUGAAGUAUCGAAAAUUCCUAAAAGUGACUUACAGCACCAAUGUUCUUAUUGUAUACAAGCUGCGACACAGUGCGUGCGAGUUUUCUAUUCUCAUCGGUCAGAAGGUGUUGAUUUAUUUCCUAUAACAGCAGCAGUCAAACACAUGUUCACAUUAAAGCGCUUCGAUCUGUUUUCAUAUUAACGGCUUACGCAGGGACUUGAAUGGCAGACGCUCCGUACAUAAUCAUUAAUAUGUUGACGUUUUCUUGUCAUUCAUUUUUACAUGUUAAUUUAGCUUUUCUGGAAGCAGUUUCCAUUGUCUUCGGUAUGGAGGAUCUUCUGCUUGCGCCGUAAAAUGUCAGGUUUUUUCUUAGUAAAUUCUAUUUUAAACACAAGGAAAUGAUCCUAAUUUGGCCUUAUUCAUUCUACAGCAAUAAACACAGCAUCAUGCAUGAGGUAAGAGCGUGAGGUCUGCAUUUUCCUUGAUUAGUUUUUUUCUGAUCUGCAUGCAGGUAAAAUAGCAUGGCGCAUUUUCGUUCCCGGUUCUCUCGGGUUGAAGAGGCGUAUCUGGGUAUGGUUUUCUGUGCCACAAGCAGUAACUUUGUGAGAAUGUUUUAACUGUUAUUAUGAAACUGCUGUUUAUACUGUAUGGUGUUUUUCCACUGUUUGUGCCUUUCAUUUUACUUCUUCACUGAAUUUCCAGUUUUCAGUCUGAGGGUUGAACAUGAUCUACAAACAAAAUUGAAAUACCACUUAGACUUGGGACUGAUUUUCUAAAAUGUUGCCUUUUUUUAAAGGAAGCACAAGUCGCUUGUUUAAACGAGAAUUGGAACGGAUAAAAUGUUUGCUUGGUUUCGUGUGACUCAUAAGUUUUAAAACUGAAAUGAGCUAUGCAUGUAUGUAAAGGUUAUAGGUUUUUGGGUGUCCUAAGAGAGGCGAUAGAAAGUAGAUCUUUUGUGGUUGUAAAUAAAGUCAUAUUUGUUCAGCACUGAACAUUGACAAAAGAUUCGAAUUCCAAAGAAACCAUCGUUUUUUUUUUCCAGUUCAUAAUGAAAUCAAUGAUGAUACUUUGCAACUGUAAUGAAUGUGCAAUGAGUAGCACUUUUAUGAACUAUAUGUUAACACCACAUAUUUAUAUUAAUAAUAAGGAUUCAAAAUGUAUACGAUUUUACACUUAUUUCUAUUUAUGAUGUAAUUGAUUGGCAGCGAAACCCCAAAACCUGAACAUUUAUAGACGUAAAUACAGUUUAUUGAAGGUCACCCAUGUGGUAAGAUAUAGUUGUCAUGCUAACUAUUCAAAAAUUCAUUUAAACUGUUUCCCUUUAUCUCGGUGGAUUACAGUGAUUACAUUUUUCUUCACAUACCAUAUCCAAUAGAGUGAGGUUCAAAAUACCAGCAUGAAACCUGGACACUGAAAUCAUCAGCACUACUCCUCAGUCAUCAGGUCAAACGAUGUAGAAUAUAUUCAAGGUGAGUAAAAAGGUCAAACUCAUACCCUGGUUUCAACUUUACACUCAACUAUUGUCAUGCCCCCAUGUCUGAAUUGUCUUUAAACAUAAUUCAUUUCUAAACUGACAUGGUUUUCAUGGUACCAGUUUGUUUACAAAGAUUUCAAGUUUUACCAUGAUGCAUUGUUACAAAUUUAAUGUCUUAAAAACUGUUUUUUAAUUUUUCACCCAUAUUCAAUGUCUCAUCCUGUUUUGUGUGUUACGUGAGACUACAUACUUUUAUAUAAAUAUUUGAUUGUAAUUUCAUAUCCGAAUCCAUUUGGAAACAAUCGAUAAUCCUCAUUAAAUUUGUAGUUGUACAAAUAAAA